CUAUCGUUUCCUUUUUCAUUCCGACAACAACUACAUACUUGCACCCACAAUGGAAGAUGAGAAAUUCUGUCUAAUACUAAAAUUUGUUCGUCGUGCUCUUAGUGUUUCGGGUAGCGAUAUAUUUGAAGAACGUUGGCGGCCGUCUGCGUGGACUUUAUUUGCGCUUUCAGUAACUUACGCAUAUCCUUGCUUUUCGUUGCGCUUCCUAAUCAAUAAUUAUGACCACAUGUCAUACGAACAGCUUGCGGAAUGUAUUGCGCUUCUGAUCACCUGUUUGGAUGCCAUUUUCGGAAUUAUGGAAUUUUUGGUCAAUCGUAACGAAUGGAACAAUGUGAUGAAGGAAAUUCACAACCGUCGAUUCCAAUACAAAUCUAAAAGGAUUUCUGAACUGUUUAAUUUAUACUACGAUAGAAAUUAUCAGUUCUGCAAGGCCCUCUACUCAGUAUACAUUUCAUCUGCCUUAUCUCUCUUGGUGAAUCCAGUGGUGUUUCCGGAUCCCCUUCGGUACAAUCUUCCGUUGCCCUGUGUAAUUCCGUAUAUUAACCCAUCGGAGCCGUACUUUUACGCAUUGAACUACAUUCACCAGACCAUCAUGAUAUUUGUAGUCCAACAUGGCCUGAUUGCCCAAUUUGGUUCUCUGGUAACUGGAAUUAUGUCAGCCUGCUGUCAAAUUCGGGCUCUCAAAAUCAAACUGGAUGAACUCAACGAGCAAAUCGCUGAUCCAACUGUAAAACCAGACGCAAUCCGAGAGGCUCUCGGUGAGAUAAUAUACCAUCAUAACUGUACCAAGGAGUUCAUCUUGCUGAUUCAACGCAAGUACGGAGUGGUGUACCUUUCGAUGUACAUGGUUUGCGGUGGCAUCGUGGCAAUGUGUUUGAACGUGAUUGCGGAAAGUAUUUUCUCUGCGGCCACAUUGUUGUUCAUGGCUGGAGUAUUCUCCAUAUUUGUCCAUUGCUUCUUCGGAAACCUUCUGUUGAUAGAGAACGAUAACCUACCCGAUAAGAUCUACGCACUCGAUUGGCACAAACUGGACGUUUCAGUGCAAAAGUCUCUGAAAAUGCUGCUGGAGAAUUCUCAACCGGACGUAUUGCUGCACGGAAUUUUAAUGCCGCUGAAUAUGAGUACUUUUGUGUCGAUUAUGAAAGCGGCGUUUUCGUAUUAUUCCAUACUCAGCAAAAAGCAGGAAUAAUGAUUUGAAGAAAUACGCACUGUGGUGAGAUUUUGAAAAGGACCCUAGAGGUUUACUACAAGCUAUGACCAGAUUAUACACUUAAUUUCGUUGCUAAUUCGUUGCUAAUAGACGCUUUUUGUUUAUGAAAGCACUCAAUACUUGAAUAAAAAAGCAACUAUUCU